AUGACUCGAGGCCCGGCGCGCGCCCUGAUCGCCGGCUUUUUAGCCCCGAGAGCGCGUGCUGCAGGAUUCCCAACAUCUUCCUGUGGGCGACUGCAGCAAAUGCAAGCCAACAGCACAGCGCAGGAGCUUCACUACGGGUUACAGACUGUGGAGGAGGGGGGGGGUCCGGGGGGCCCGGCGAGCCCGGGACUGGUGGUCGUCACGGCGACCGGCCAGCAGCCGCUCACCCUGGAAUACAGAUCAGAGACCGGGACACACGUGGACCCUGUGGGAAACGAGCACACGGGUGGAAAUACUGAUACUGUCCCACAACCUUCCUCUUCCCCGCCAAGCGUUAGUUUUAAAGUUCAGGAUGCUCCAGAGGGUCAGGCGGAGAAACCCGACGCCAGAGAAGGCGGCCAUCUUGAGCCAGAGGACGGCGGCCAUCUUGAGCCAGAGGACGGCCUCCCGGACUCCCGGUCCGCCUCGCCCCUCGCAGAGAUUAACGAAACACAGCCUGAAGCGGUGAUGGACGCCUCAACCGAUGCCAGAGAAACGCCCACAGCUAAUUCUCUGGGAUCGGCCGAGGCCUUCACGCCCGUUAUGGCGCCCGCCGCCUCCCCUCGGCGCCAAACGCCGCCGGACGCCCCGGGAGGCGUAUCCGGGCAACCGGACCCCCUCGGACCAGAAACGGACCCCCCCGAACCCUCACAGGACCUCACGGGGCCCCUGCUGGACUCGGGCCUAACGGUGUCCCUGCAAGCGUCCGGCCGGGUGUCCGACGUUGCUGUUGCCGCGGCGACGUCCGGCGCCGGCGAGGAGGCGUCGCUCAUCGUGCACUCGGCGGACGCCCAGGAGAUCGUGGUGGUCCGGGAGGAGGCGCACAUCAGCGGGGACUGGUCGGGCAUGCACCUGAACCAGAGCUUCCUGCUCCAGCAGGAGGACGGCAGCGUGUGCCAGCUGCAGCCCGCAGAGCCCAAGCUCUACCAGCAGGGGGCGCCGGAGGGCCUGGGGGCGGAGCCUCUUGAGGUCUACGAGUUCUGCGGGCUGGUGGAGGAGGUGGCCGAGGAGAUGCCGCCGUCCGCCGGCUACGAGGUGGACCUGCUCAACGCGCUGCUGGAGAACGCCGACCAGUUCGCCGUGAAGGACGAGGCCAACGCCAUCAUCUUCUCCCAGCAGCCAAUGGCGGCGGCCAUCCAGAACCAGGUGGGUUCCCACCUGGUGCUGGACGCCGGUCAGGCCGUGGAGGUGGCCCACUCCAGCGAGGUGUGCCUGGUGCAGGUGUCCGCCGACGCCUUCGCCGUGCAGCACGCCGCCGGCGCCGAGCAGGCGAGCGUUGCCGGGCAACAGGAAGCCGCUGGCGCCCAGCUCCUGUCCCCGCUGGUGGCCGUUACCGGCGGCGACCUGCAGUCGUCGGUGGCCGUCUCGGUGCACGUGGCGUCCCUGAACCAGACGCCGGCGUUCAGCCCUCAGCGGGAAACGGGAGGGACUCCCCAAAUGGCGCCGAACGCCGAACCGAUGGCGUCCGUUUCGUCGGACGCCAUCGACCCGAAGCUGCUGCUGCUCAAACCGGGAGAGAUGCCCGUGCUGAAGCACCCGCCCGCCCUCCUGUUGCCGGGCGCCGGCCCUCCUCAGACCAGCCAAUCAGAGGCCUUAACCUUCACCAAAGCGGCGCCCGAUCCCCCGGACGGCGCCGACCCGCCGGAGGACGCCGCGGCGCCCGGCAACAGCCCCGUCGCCCCCGGCAGCGAGGAGGAGGAGGAGGAGGAGAGCGAGGACAUGGAGGCGGACGGCGAGGGCCGGGGGCCCGACCCGGGGCCGCCCAGCAGCAACGAGGACGAGAGCGAGGACGAGCCCGACAAAAGCGAGACGGCCUCUCUGAUGAGAAAAAAGCAAAACAAAGAAAAAACUCUGCUUUGCUUUCUAAUCUCGUUCGGCAACGGAGGCAUCCACGCCCCCCCCUCCACCUCCUCCUCCUUCCUGGGCCCCUCGGCAGGAGGGGACUGGGCCCCGUCCCGGCGGGAGAAGUCCUCCCCCCUCAGAGGUCCCCACGGGAAGUUCGUUUCCCCGGCCUCCGUGGGCUACGGCCCCGCCCCCUCGCCGCCCGACCACGCCGCCUCCCACCGCGCCCGCGGGGAGCGCCACACCGACAUGGCCGAGCUCGCCAAGCACGAGGCCGACAUCGAGCACCGGACCCAGGCGCUGAAGCGGGAGGGUUUCUGGUCCACGAAGCGUCUGACGCGUCUGACGGAGCCGCCGCGGCCCAAGGUGCACUGGGACUACCUCUGCGAGGAGAUGCAGUGGCUGUCCGCCGACUUCGCCCAGGAGCGCCGCUGGAAAAGGGGCGUGGCCAGAAAGAAGGAGGAGAAGGCCAAGAGAGACGAGCACGCCAAGAUCAGGAGAGUCGCCUCCUCCAUUGCCAAGGAGGUCCGAGCCUUCUGGAGCAGCGUGGAGAAGGUGGUGCAGUACAAGCAGCAGUCCCGACUGGAGGAGAAGCGGAAGAAGGCCCUGGACCUGCAACUGGACUUCAUCGUGGGUCAAACGGAGAAAUAUUCGGACCUCCUGAGUAAAUCUUUGGCCCGCAGCCGCCCGGUCGAGGCGGCGCCGGCGUCCCCGCAGAAGCCCCGCCCCCCCGCCGCCGCCGAGGAGGACGGGCUCCGUUUCCAUGCCGGUUCGCCUGAUUGGACGGGGCGUUGCCAAGGCAACUCAGAUGUUUCACGGAGACAAAAAGCUGCGAUCGGCCGCCAAGGUCACCGCAUGAUGUGGGAAAAACGACCUCACAGAUCCGGCGAUUCGUCCCGUUUUCUGGUUCUUCUGGGGCAGGAGGAUGACGAGGAGACGAUCGAGGUGGAGGAGCAGCAGGAGGGCAACGACGCGGAGAGCCACCAGAGGGAGAUCGAUCUGCUGCGGGAGGAGAGCACGCUGCCCCUGGACCAGCUGCUCAGCACCCUCAAGCUGCCCCCCCCACAGGACUCGGGCUCAGACGGAGAAAGCUCGGAGUCCUCUUCAUCACCAGAGGAGGAGGAGCAGGAGGAGGAAGAGGGGGAAGAUGGGGAAUUCACUGCCAACGACGAAGAUGCCGAGGAUGAGGAGGACACCAUCGCUGCCCAGGAGAAAGUGGAGGGAAACGUCAACCACGCAGAGGAGCUGGAUGACCUGGCCAAAGAGGGUGACAUGAGCAUGGAGGAGCUUUUGGAGAAGUAUAAGGGGGCCUACGCCUCGGACUUCGAGGCUCCGUCGGCCUCCGGCUCCAAAGCGAGCUCGGACUCGGAGGAGUCGGGAGACGAGGAGGUGGAGACGGAGGAGGACGAGAGCGACGUGGAGAGCAACAGCUCCUCCUCAGAGUCACCAGGAGACAGCGCGGAGGAGGAGGAGAGCGCCAAGGAGGAGGAGGAGAGCGAGGAAGAGGAGGAGGACGGAGGUGGGGAGGAGGGGAUGGAGCUCCUGCUGAAGGAGGGGGAGAACAGCCCGCCCUCCUCCAGCUCCCGGCCCAAGAAGGAGAUCAGCCACAUCGCGGCCACCGCAGAAAGCCUGCAGCCCAAAGGAUACACGCUGGCCACCACCAAGCACAUCGGGCUGGACUGGCUGGUCACCAUGUACGAGAAGAAGCUGAACGGCAUCCUGGCGGACGAGAUGGGUCUGGGCAAAACCAUCCAGACCAUCGCCCUGCUGGCUCACCUGGCCUGUGAGAAAGGGAACUGGGGCCCGCACCUCAUCAUCGUCCCCACCAGCGUGAUGCUGAACUGGGAGAUGGAGCUGAAGCGCUGGUGUCCCGGCUUUAAGAUCCUCACCUACUUCGGCAGUCAGAAGGAGAGGAAGCUGAAGAGACAGGGCUGGACGAAGCCGAACGCCUUCCACGUGUGCAUCACCUCCUACAAGCUGGUGCUGCAGGACCACCAGGCCUUCAGGAGGAAGUCCUGGCGGUACCUGAUCCUGGACGAGGCUCAAAACAUCAAGAACUUCAAGUCCCAGCGCUGGCAGAGUCUGCUCAACUUCAACAGCCACCGGCGGCUGCUGCUGACGGGGACCCCCCUGCAGAACAGCCUGAUGGAGCUGUGGUCGCUCAUGCACUUCCUCAUGCCGCACGUCUUCCAGUCCCACCGCGAGUUCAAGGAGUGGUUCUCCAACCCGCUGACCGGCAUGAUCGAGGGCAGCCAGGAGUACAACGAGGGGCUGGUCAAGCGGCUGCACAAGGUGCUGCGGCCCUUCCUGCUGCGGAGGAUCAAAGCAGACGUGGAGAAGCAGAUGCCCAAGAAAUACGAGCACGUGGUGUGCAACCACCCCAACCUGUUCGACCCGCGGCCCAUCCAGUCGCCCUUCAUCACGCAGCCCAUCGUCUUCCACACCGCCUCCCUGGUGCAGGAGGCGCUGGACGUGCCCCCGCUGAAGAGCCGCGUUUCCCGUUACCAGGCCGACGUCUUCCUGCCCCGCCACAAAGUCAGCCGCCCGCUGAUCCAGGAGGUGGUGGAGUCCCCCGAACCCCCGCCCAGACCCAGGCCGGUCCGGAUGAAAGUCAACAGGAUGUUCCAGCCGCCUCCUAAAGGCGACGGCCGGCCGGUUCUGCUGAUGAACAAACCCACCUGCUCCGUUCCCCCGGCAACCCAGACCCCCAAGCCCCCCCCCACCACCGCCGAGGCCCCCCCCGCUCCCGCUCCGACGGCGGUGAGGUCCAGUGCCCCCAGACCGUUGCUGACCGUGCGCCCGCCCGGCGCCCCCUGCAUGCCGGCCCACCCGGGCCCGGCCCCCAGCAGCCUGGCGUCCCUGGCGGGUCGGCCGGUUUCGUCCUGCCAGGGAAGCAAACCCGUCACCUUCCAGCUGCAGGGCAACAAGCUGACUCUGUCCGGAGCCCAGAGCCACCAGGUCACAGCGGGCGCCCCGCGCCCCGUUCAAGGAGCGAUGUGA